UAGGUUUUCAAUUUAAUAUGCUAUGGUGGUGCCACCUGUGGUUGAAACGAAUGAUUAGUCGAUUUAAACAACUAUGUUUACAUGUUCAAGUACACACAUUUUCUUAAGUUUUUCUUUUUGAUUUAAACAGAAAAUGGAUAAAUUUCUUGAGCAGGCAAUUGAUACUACGUUUCUGAAUGAUGCUAUGUUCAAGAACUUUGGAAACAAGCAUGAAAAAGAGGAAACCAAGGGGCUUAAAUCAGAGAGAUACUUGCCGGAAGCCGAAGAAGUUGAUAAAGAAUUACCUGUGACAGAGUCUAUGCAGAAAUUCAUGAGCAAGAAACUAUCAGAUUUGGUGGCCAAGCAGACCUAUUUCGUGGAAGAGUCUCCAAGAAAGAAAGUUUCAGCAUCUCCAAAUGACUCAGGGAUUCGUUUACUGAAGGAUUCCCAGGUUUAUGUUAAAGAAGAAAAUAUCUCUAAUGAACAGAUGGAACUCCCAAGAGCUCCAAAAAAGAAGAAAAAACCAAAAAUUUCUGAUGAACUUACUGAAAAUGAGAAAGUCCAACAAUCUGCCAUAUGUCCGGAUAUUAUCUUAAAUCAAGAGGAUAUUAGACACUGGGAUACAAAGACCAAAGGAAAAAUAUUUCACUAUAGGGAGAAGAAGUCCAAACUCUACCUACAGGAGCCGGAAAAUGAAUUUACAAAGAUAAGAAAGAAAAAUAAUUGGGAUGAAAGUAAAAUAGCAAAAUACAAAAGGAAGCCAUGAUCGACAAAAGUUUUUAUUGAAAAUAUUUUGUCCAAAGAAAAUCUUUUAGUAAAUUUUGGGUGAAACAACAGCAUAUUCUAGGAGAUUGGAGAAUGUCUCUUUGACCUCAGCAACAAGUUUCUCUGCAUCUGAUCCUGUGUUCUUCGCCUCGACGUGAGCAUUUGCAUUGAGAGCCGUUGAACGACCAAGAG